CUUCUGACAUUUGACACACGUCAACGUCAACAAACAAAAUACAAAAUCGCAUCACGACAUAAAAUUUUGAAUUUGCAAUCUAUUUAUUUGCAUAUUAGUAACAAUGGAGGAUUCUUCAGAAAACUCUUCAGCUGCCGAGGAAGUAAAGUUUAAACCCAAAAAAAGGAGAAACAUACGGCAACGAGUUAAAGUGGAAGACGAUGAUUCUGAAGAUGAACAGGUGAUACUAGCUAGAUUGGAGGAAGCAAAAGAGGCUCAGAAGCUUCGAGAACGACCGAACGGCGUCAGCAUAGUUGCUUUAGCGACUGGUCAAAAAGUUACAUUGGAAGAAGAGAUAGUUUGUAAAGAUCCCUUCAAAAUAAAAAGUGGUGGAAUUGUAAACAUGCAAGCGCUAAAAAGUGGUAAAGUGAAACAAGUAGAUGAUGCAUACGACACGGGAAUUGGAACACAGUUUUCAGCAGAAACUAAUAAACGCGAUGAAGAUGAAGAAAUGAUGAAAUAUAUUGAAGAACAGUUAGCUAAAAGAAAAGAGGGAAAAAUUGAUGACAAAAAGGAAUCUGAAAAUAAUGAUACAUUAAAAUACUUAUCCCCUGAAGAAGCAGCUUUACUCUCACUUCCUGAACAUUUAAGGGUAUCUUCAAUGCCUAGAUCGGAGGAGAUGUUAUCAAAUCAAAUGCUCAGCGGUAUACCAGAAGUUGAUUUAGGUAUUGACGCAAAGAUUAAAAACAUUGAAGCAACCGAAGAAGCAAAAAUGAAAUUAUUAUGGGAACGUCAUAAUAAAAAAGAUGGCCCAUCACAAUUUGUCCCAACUAACAUGGCAGUAAAUUUUGUACAACACAAUAGGUUUAAUAUAGACGAUAAUUCAAAGAAAAGAAAAGUAGAAAAGGUUGAAGUAAAGACGGAAACUAAUGUAAUAGAUGAAAAUGUUGAUAAAAUUGUUAAGAAAGCAAAAGGGGAACGAGCUACUGACGAUUAUCAUUAUGAAAGGUUUAAAAAACAAUUUAGGAGGUAUUGAAUAGUAAUUAUAGGACAAUUAAAAAUAAUAUUGUGUUAGUGACCAGUAUUUUAAGCGUAAGAGUUUUUCAGUAAAACUGUUUAUGUAAUAUUUGUAAAAAAUGUGCAGUUUCAAUAUAAUAUCCAUUAUCCA